AUGGCCAAAGACCUCUGUAUCACUGUACGCAGCUUCAAAAAGGCUAGCUUUUCACUCGCAAAAAAAGGUGUAACUGAAAAGGAUCGUGCACUAGCAAAGCCUAUUAUUUCUUACUUGACCAUUGAGGCUUAUGAUAUUGAGAGGCAUGGCCAUCCACUGCAAUAUGCUGAAGAUGGGUUUGAGAAAAAUCACAAAUCUGUCAGGAGUAGUAUUGCCCACCAAAAUGGUCAUGCAAGAUCAAGGGACACAGCCUCACAAUUUGUCAAUAAUGAGUUGAUGGGACAUGUUAUUUCAGGAGGAUUUAUGCCAGAUUCUCAAAACUGGAAAUGUGCUGCUGAAAAGAUAAAACUGUUUGGAAAAAAUAAGAAAAUUCUGAAUUUCCUAGGAAUGCCUAGCAGCCAAUAUGAGGAAAAUCUGUCUGGGUUGAAGAAAAUGGUUCGAAAACCAACAUUGUGUAAAAAUCAAAAGCCAAGGGACAAUGUCAGAAAACAAGAUAAAAGCACAAAAUAUGAUCAACAGCAGAACACAAAAUUAGGAAACUAA